GGCUCGAGAGGGAGAGAGAGGUUGACAUUUGCCAUAGCCAUGGCAAGGAACAAGAAGCAGGAGAUCGCCUCACUGCGGCGGGAGCUGGCCGGGGAGCGGCUGGUGCCCUUAACGCGCCUGGCGGGCGACAGUGGCACUGAUGAUGGCGAGCGCAGACACCAGCUCGUGUGGCAGAACUUUCGCAUCAAGGACUGCACAACAGCCAACGCCACGGUUUUGGGCACGGAGCACCCGGACUUCAUCGAGGGCAACGAGGCUGCGGCGGCCAACACCGUGGAGCUCUUCGAGACCAUGGAGCUCUACCCUGCAGGGAUUGACGGCGUUCCGCUAGAUCGUUUGGCCAGCAUCCACGCACACUACUUCGGCAGCGGCUUCGAGAAAUGCGUGGGCAAGAAGUUGCGUGCGUUUUGUACCGAACGGUUCGAGUACGACGACAGGAGCCGGAAGGUGCGAGCUUCCAACAAGGUGCUCACUGCCAUGCGCAAGGUUGAGGCUCGGGACCUGAUAGUAGAGGAGAAGGAGCACUUCAAGCGGUACAAGGCAGGCCUCAUCGAGGGCCCGCAGCCGGUGAAGCCGCCGCCCUUCGCGCUGGCAGCGCCUGCGGUCCACUUCGACGGGGAGCACCGGCCCCGCUACGCGACCACCAAGAUGACACCAGACGAGCUGGAAGAGAGGCCCAUGAAUGCCAAGGGACUGGGCAAGGGGGACUAUUACUGAGCAUUGGUAGGACUGCGGGCCGAAUUGAAAGGGCGGCCCGCGGUCAAACGCGUGGCCCCAGUGAGAUGGUCGUCAAAAUGCGUCGACCACGAGAUGACAUGGCUGAUCUUGAGCAUCAUUCUGUCUUCCA